GCCAUCCAGGUAUGGUCCGCGGGAGGCGGAAGGCUGGUUUCUUCUCUUCCGCCGCCGCAUCCUAUCCGUCCCGGCCCCGCGCCAUCCAGGUGACAUGGAGGAAGAAAGAAUAAGUGUUGGGUUACAGAAAAGUAUGAUGCAGGACUCGGUGACCUUUGAGGAUGUGGCUGUGGACUUUACCCAGCAGGAGUGGGCUUUGCUGGAUCUUGCUCAGAGGAGCCUCUACAGAGAUGUGAUGCUGGAAACCUUUCAGAACCUGGUCUCACUAGGAUACUCAGUACUCACACCCAAUCUGAUCUCCCAGUGGGAACAAGAGGAGGAGCUGCACACAGUGAAGACAGAACGUAUCCAGGGCAUCUGUAUGGAGCAGCACCAGGAAGGGUUUGAGUCUCUACUUAAUACUAAGGAAUUAGUUGCUCUUCAAGACAACAAUGGAGAAAAACCAUAUGAAUGUAAGGAAUGUAUAAAGGCCUUCAGUUGUUCCUCCAUGUUCAGAGCACAUAUGAAAAUUCAUAGUGAAAAGGCAAACUAUGAAUGUAAGGCAUGUGGGAAAACCUUCAGUAGUUCUUCCCACCUCACAGAACACAAAAGAAUUCACAAUGGAGAUAAGCCCUAUGAAUGUAAGGAAUGUGGGGAGGCCUUUAGUUGUUCCUCAUCACUCUCCAAACACAAAAGAAUUCAUAGUGGAGAUAAGCCAUAUGAAUGUAAGGAAUGUGGGAAGGCCUUUAGCUCUUCCUCUCAUCUUAAAAGACAUAUAAGAAUUCACACAGGAGAGAAGCCUUAUGAAUGUAAAGAGUGUGCGAAGGCCUUCAGUGAAUCCUCAAAACUCACUGUGCAUGUGAGGACACACACCGGAGAGAAACCCUAUAAAUGUAAGUUAUGUGGGAAAGCCUACUGUCUUCCCACUUUCCUGAACACACAUGUGAAAAAUCAAAGUAGAGAGAAACCCUAUGAAUGUAAGGAAUGUGGGAAGGCCUUCAGUUGUCCCUCUUCCUUUAAUGAACACGUGAGAGAUCACAAUGGUAAGGUGCAAUAUGAAUGUAAGGAGUGUGGGAAGGCCUAUCGUCAUUCCUCAUCCCUCACUGAACACCUAAGAACUCACAGUGGAGAAAAGCCUUAUGAGUGUAAGGAAUGUGGGAAGGCAUUUCGACAUUCUUCAUCCCUUACUAUACAUGCAAGACUGCAUACUGGAGAAAAACCCUUUGAAUGUCUGGAGUGUGGAAGAGCUUUCCGUUCUCCCUCAUCCUUUGGGAUACAUGUGAGAAGCCAUACUGGAGAGAAACCAUAUGAAUGUAAGGAAUGUGGGAAAGCCUUCAGUAGUUCUUCCCAUCUUACAGUACAUAGAAGAACUCACACUGGAGAGAAACCUUAUGAAUGUAAAAAAUGUGGGAAAGCCUUUAUUCGUUUCUCAGCUCUUAGAAGCCACAUGAGAAUCCACACUGAGGAAAAACCCUAUGAAUGAAAGGAAUGUGGGAAGGCAUUUUGACAUUCUUCAUCCCUGACUAUACAUGCUAGAAUGCACAGUGGAGAAAAACCCUUUGAAUGUCUGGAGUGUUGAAGAGCUUUCAGUUCCCCCUCAUCCUUUGGGAUACAUGUGAGAAGCUAUACUGGAGGGAAACCAUAUUAAUGUAAGGAAUGUGACAAAGCCCUUAUUUGUACAGCCUAGUUUUGAAGACGUGAAAAUUCACACAAGGGACAACAUAUAAGUGUAAGGAGUAAGGGAAUCUCUGCAAGACUUUUUCUGAACUAAUGCAAUUUGUGUAGUCUCAUUUUGUGAAGUCUCAUACUGUAGAGACAUUGUAAAUGUGAGAAAGUAGAAGAUUAUCACUCAUUCUUUUGAAUGGUUGAGGACAACAGAGAGAAACCCUGUGUUUGUUAGCUAUAGGGUAAAGCCUUUUGAUUUUGAACAUAACUUGUGCCGCAGUCUGGCUGGGCUGUGCAAAGUAGCCGGUGGGGGGGGCGCGACAAGCAACUUGUGAAGGUGGAAACAGCGGGAGGUUUAUAUACCCAAGUAAAUACAGACAGCUUAUCUCAAUUAACAUCAUCGAGUUACAGCAAUCAGUCAUUAAGGAAUCUUCCCCAUCUUAAUAAUUAGACACAGCUUAACUCAAUUAACAUCAUCUAGAUACAGCAGUCAGUCAUUAAGGAA